GAAAGAACCGACUCUUUCAGCACUACAUUUAAAUGCUUCCGAAAGACUAUUACUAUUUGAGUAAUAACAAUUCUUCAGCUCGGCACUCUCUGGUUGUAGCGUUUAAUGUAAAAAUUAGGGUAAUAUAUUAACGACGUGAUUUAUACCAUAGUGUAAAUAAAUUAGGUCCAGCGACCGCAAGGAUACGUUAAUUAUUAACAUUGUCUCCGUGUUUUCGCGGGAUCCGCCCGGAAUGUUUUUGUAGCUGUACUCGUUCAUGUCCCGCCGUUUACAUGUCGUUUGAACUGUUUACAUGUCCAACACUGUAAUGUCAGAUAAUCACACAGACCAACAAAUGUCUGCUCUAGAGGAAACGAGGACGAGUCUUUGCGAUCAGUUUGCCUAUGUCUCUGGGUCGGAUAGUGCUGUGGCGCAGUGUUAUCUAGCAGAAAAUGAAUGGGAUAUGGAGAGAGCACUCAACUCUUUCUUCGAGGCUCAUAUGGACUCAGUCUUUGAUGUUGAAGAAGCAGAGGAAAAUAAAGAUGUGUCUGGGAAUAAUAAGAGAAAGGAGGUGCAUUCCUCAGACCCUGCUGAUUCUUCAGGAACAAAAAAGAAAUUCAAGGUGGAUUGCAUUGACCUGACAGCGGAGGAGCCCUCCUGCUCCAGUGGUGUGAACCCCCCAGAAAGUAAGAUUGAAAGUGCUGUCCCCGAAUCUAAUGCGGAGGACCGCAAGCUCUCCUUCAUCAGCUGGAAUGUGGAUGGUUUGGACACAUUGAGUCUUGCGGAGCGCGCCAGGGGCUUGUGUUCGUAUCUAGUUCUAUAUACACCAGAUGUGGUUUUUCUUCAAGAGCUCAUUCCAUCUUAUAUUCAGUACCUUAAGAAACGGGCGGUCAGCUACAUGUUUGUUGAAGGUGAGAGAAUGACCUCUGUGCUCCGACAGGGAAGCUGUGUAGGAGUUAUUUACCGAUUCAUGAAGUUCUGUGUUAUUAAAGGAAGCGAUGAUGGAUACUUCACGGCAAUAAUGUUGAAGAAAUCAAGGGUAAAACUUCUGGAAAGUGAGAUCAUUGGUUAUCCUACAACACAAAUGCUGAGGAAUCUAUUAGUUGCUCAGGUGAAUUUCUCAGGUCAGAAGCUAUACUUGAUGACAUCACAUUUAGAAAGCUGUAAGAACCAAUCAGAGGAGAGAAUGAAACAACUGCGGGUCGUGUUUCAAAAGAUGACGGAAGCUCCAGAAGACGCUACUGUAAUAUUUGCCGGGGACACCAAUCUCAGAGACUCUGAGGUGGUAAAGGUUGGAGGUUUGCCUCCAGGUGUGUGUGAUGUUUGGGAACAGCUGGGCAAGCAGGAACACUGUCGAUACACCUGGGACACCAAAGCAAACAGCAAUAAGACUGUGCCUUACAUCUGCAGAUGUCGCUUCGACCGCAUCUUCCUUAGGUCUGCUAAAACCGGCCCGAGAGUCACUCCUGACCACAUGGUCUUGGUGGGAAUGGAGAAACUGGACUGUGGCCGUUACACCAGUGAUCACUGGGGAAUUUACUGCACUUUCAAAACAUGAGUAUUAAAUCCCCAGGGACUAAAGGUCUGUCUCAUAGAAGAUAGUUUUAAAGAGUGUUUGUACUAAAAUGAAGAAUGUGAAGAGUGCCUACAAAUCCAGACUACAGAUCAGCGUAAGAUACAAAGACAUACAGGGAAUAAUAGGAUCCAUAGCUGGAUAUAAAAUACUGCAGAAAGAGAUCUUAUUGAAGGGUUUGAAUAGAAGGAUUUACUUCUUGUUAUUUUACAGUUGUUGUUGUUGUCUUUUGUAGUUGUCAUGCAAAAUCUAUUUCAAACCAUGAUUUCAGUCAGUCUCUGCUCUCUCAUAAUCUCUUUUCUAAAAUGUGAAAGUGUUGACUGAAUUUAAAUGAUUUUGUUUAAAUAAAUGUGACCUUGAGUUAUUGUG